ACGUAACGAGGUGGAAUCCAUCAAAUGCAAAGCUGCUGCUCAAAUAUUCCUCUGACAAAGGAUAUCCUUUUGCAGGGAUUGAACUGGGAAAUGCUUCCUGUCCUUGGGUGGAGCCAGUGUCAUAGACGUCUUGACCAUCCAUCAUUACUACUUUGAUGGACACACCGCCAAACUCCAAGAUUUUUCUGACUAUACAAUAAUGGACCGUAUUAUACCUGAACUACAGUCAGUGAUGAAUACAGUCCGAAGCUAUCAUGGUCUGGUGGCGUGGCUAGGGGAGACUUCUUCUGGCUAUGGGGGCGGCACUCCUGGUAUAGACGAUAGAUAUGUGGCAGGCAAUCUGUGGCUUGAUAAACUAGGUGUAUCAGCAAAAUAUGGUUUUAAAAGGGUCCUCCGCCAGUCACUCUUCGGAGGGCAUUACUCGCUUACUGACAGCAACAACGACCCUACUCCUGACUAUUGGUUGACGCUUCUUUACAAGAGACUUGUUGGCAACAAAGUAUUUGAUGUUCCAUCUUCAUCUACCAGCAUCCGACUGUAUGCCCACUGUACGAAGCUUAACAACGUAUAUAACUACAAGCCUGGAAGCAUCACAGUGUAUGCCCUCAACUUGAAUAAAGACCCCGUACUCCUGACUAUAUCGGAUCUGAACAUCAAUAGCAUGGACAGAUUCUGGCUGACUCCGGAGGGAGGAGACCUUACGUCAACAAAAGUCCAACUCAAUGGCAAAACACUGGAACUUGUCAAUAACCAAAUACCACACAUGAUGCCAAGAUCUUUGGGAAGUGGGACGAUGAAAGUACCCGGAAACUCCUUCGGCUUCAUCGUCAUCCCUGACGCCAACAUCGCGGCAUGCCAAUCACAAGGCCACGGUACCAUUAUCGGAUAACUGAACCAGCAUUAUUUCCCUAUUACGUUUAAAUAAAUUAUUUACAAAGGCU